CACAGCCCACACGCCAGGCAGCGUUGCUCGCAGCUCUCUCCUCCGCGCCGUGGUAACGGCGGCCCCGGCGGCGGGCUGCGGGCGGGAGGACGUGCGGGGCCGCCCGUCGCGGCCGCUGAUGUUUCCGUAUUGCCCGUCCCGGGAGGUCCCGCCCCCGCCCGAAGCGCCGCGGCCGCCCCAGCCCUGCGGGGAGGCUCCGGGCCUGGCGGGGGGGCGCGCCCCCCACCCCGGGGCCUGCGGCGGGGGCUCCGGAUAAAGCGGUGCCGGCCCGUCUGCCUGCCGCCACAGGGGCGGCCGGGAGGGGCCCAGCGGGGCGCCCCGCCAUGGCGAGCCCCGCACGCCCGCGGCAGGAGCUGGCGGCGGAGGAGCGGAGGUUCCGCGGCGCGGCCCCGACGGUGCCCCGCGACGCCAAGCGAGAGGCGGCCGGGGAGCAGCGGCUGCUCCUACUGGAGCUGCGCCGCUGCGGGCGGCCGCCGUCCCCCGGCCCCGGCGAGCGGCGGGAGGAGGGGGAGGAAGAGGAAGAGGAGGAGGAGGAAGAAGCGGCGGCGGGCGAAGGCUGCUGCAGCAAGUGCAAGAAGCGGGUGCAGUUCGCCGACUCGCUGGGGCUGAGCCUUGCCAGCGUCAAGCACUUCAGCGAGGCCGAGGAGCCGCAAGUGCCGUCCGCCGCGCUGUCCCGCCUGCAGAACCCGCCCGCCGACGAGGGGGUCUCGCAGCCUCCCGGCGACGAAGCCCCGCCGCCGGCCCUGCGCCUGGUGCCCGACUUCCCCGACGGCGGCGAGCCCAGCGCCGAGCGGCUGCGGCGGCAGCGCGUCUGCUUGGAGCGGCUGGGGCGACCCCCGGCACCCACCGACGUGCGGGGCACGGUGCAAGUGCUGGGCUGCCCCGGCCCCAAGGAGGUGACGGUGCGCUACACCUUCAACGAGUGGCUGUCCUUCGUGGACGUCCCAGCCGCCCCCCUGCCCCCGGCCCCGGUGGCCGCCGGCGACUCUCCCGCCGAGCGCUACAACUUCAGCCUGUGCGUCCCGCCGAGCCUGCGGGAGGGCUCGUCCCUCCACUUCGCCAUCCGCUACCGCAGCCCGCAGGGCGAGUACUGGGACAACAACGGCGGCCGCAAUUACACGCUGCGGUGCUGCGGCUCCCCCGGGGCCGGCCCCGCGGCUCCCCCCGCCGCCGGCAGCCCGCCGCCCCCCGCCGUCCCCCGCUACUGAUGCCGGCCGGGCGAGGGGAACCGGGGCGGCCCGGCCGGGCAGGGGGCGCCGCCGCAGCCCCGCACGCUGAGGCCCGUCUUGGGAAGGCGACAGCCAGCGCGGCGAGGCACCCGUCCCGGAGACCACCCGAAACACGGAUGUGCGUAGCCUCUCAUUGCUGUGGCUUGUGGAAUCCUUUUCCUUUUUUUUUCUUUUUUGUUUUCUUUUGGAGAGAACAAGGUGACUGAGUAGUGUGGGCUUUGUGUUUCCCCUCUUGAAGUGAAUUUUUGAGGUCUUGAUUUGGGCUUGACUUCACUUACCCGAUUAGUGAGAGAUGCAUGGAACACUUGUGUGAAAACUUAAUGGCACUUUCGCUACAGGUUUAACUCAGCAUCCCAGUUUUCCCAUUCUCACAUCCAUUUCAAGGACAUAAUACUGCAACAGCAAUGGUGUGCUUUGUCCUUUUUAUUAUUAUUCUUUUUUUUAGUUCAAUGGACUCCAUAACAAUACAAUUCACUGUUGUGAGCACCUGUCAAACUCAUGACAGGCUUGCAUGCCCGUCCCACCUUUGCUCUGCCUGUGGUGGCUCUGAACAACAGGCAGUCUGUUUUGGGGCUGGAUCUGGGGCCGGACUGGGCUGCUCUGGUUUUUGUCAUUCAGCACACUUUGAUACCGCUCCCCACCUUCCCCAGGCUUCUGUGUAGAUCCCAUCUGGCUAAUAGCAGCCAACAGGGACUUCUGCAAAAAUGGUUUUGCUUAAAAUAGACUGUUGACUUCUUCUCACACAACUGACAAGUCUAAAACUGAGACAAAGGAGUUAAAAUAUAUGCCAGUGCUGGGUUUAUCAGGAGAACUUUGGUAACACCUUUGGGUAAUGCACUGAAAAGUAAAAGAUAGUGUCUGUCUCACACAUAGUUCUGUACUUUGAGGUUUGGGGAGCAGUGACUGAUUUGGAUGACCUUCUCACUUACGAGUGACAGUGCGAUAUAGAGAGGGUGUCCUCGGUAGUGAAUGAAAACAAGUGCCUUAGAUCAGCUCUCCUUAUGUUACAUUUUGCACCAUAUUUCUCAAGUAUUUCUAAUUUAUUUGGCUUAUUUUGCUACAUAUUUUUCAGUAUUUGUAUGUUGGUGGGGAAGGGGUUUAUUGUGCACACUGUUGGACUUUACAGCGCUGGACACUUGAAAUGAUUUCAAUAGUCUUCAUUCUUGCGUUGCAAGCCUAGAGGUUGGCUACUGGUGUCCCAAGUCCUGAAAUUAUGCAAAAAGUACCAAUGAAAAUGGGUUUGUAAGAAUAAAAAAGCUUUAAAAAAGUUUAAAAGCUCA